CUUUUCAACCUACAGUCUGCUCAGUAUGGAGGUGGCGCGUGGAUCAAUCCUGUCGAGGAGGCUGCUCGCCUCCAGCUCUACGCACCUUUGGCGACCCUCGACGAUUCCAGCAUGGCCGACAGCAGCCUCGGCCAAUCUCUGCCUCGUCCAGAAUCGGAGCCUUUCAAGACGGCACUUCAACAGUUCGCGAGGUCUUGCCGCAGAUAACUCGUUCCUCAAUCUCUCCGCUUCUAGCGGUGGCGGUUCCGUUCCCCCAACCUACUUUUCCAAUCGUCAGUCGCUACCCGCAAAUACGAUUAUUAGAUUUGUUCCGCAGCAGACGGCAUGGAUUGUGGAGCGGAUGGGGAAAUUUCACAGGAUUUUAGAACCGGGAUUGGCGAUUCUGAUGCCGUUUAUUGACCGGAUUGCCUAUGUGAAGAGCUUGAAGGAAGUGGCGAUUGAGAUACCAAGUCAGAAUGCUAUCACAGCCGAUAACGUGACGCUGGAGCUGGACGGAGUGCUUUAUACUAGAGUGUUUGACGCGUACAAGGCUAGUUAUGGUGUAGAAGACGCCGAAUACGCGAUUUCUCAAUUGGCCCAGACGACCAUGCGUUCGGAAAUUGGCCAGCUCACUCUAGACCACGUCCUUAAAGAACGAGCUAAUCUUAAUGCGAAUAUUUCUCAAGCCAUCAACGAGGCCGCGCAGGAUUGGGGCGUGGUAUGUCUUCGUUACGAAAUAAGAGAUAUCCAUGCUCCUGAAGGAGUUGUGGCGGCUAUGCAUCGUCAAGUCACCGCAGAAAGAUCCAAGAGAGCUGAAAUUUUGGAAUCUGAAGGUCAGAGACAGAGCGCAAUCAACAUCGCAGAGGGUCGGAAACAAUCCGUGAUCUUGGCCUCCGAAGCCUUAAAAAUGGAGCAGAUUAACCUAGCAGAGGGUGAAGCAAAGUCGAUCCGACUAAAGGCUGAUGCAACCGCCCGUGGAAUUGAUGCUAUCGCAAGGGCCAUAGAGGAUGGUCAACAGAAUGCCCAGGCAGCUGUCAGUCUGUCUGUUGCCGAGAAGUAUGUUGAUGCCUUUGGAAAACUUGCCCGGGAAGGGACUGCAGUCGUGGUUCCGGGUAACGUUGGAGACAUGGGAGGCAUGAUAGCUAGCGCUUUGGCUGUCUAUGGCAAGGUCAAUGAAGGCCAGGCUAAAGCCCUGGCCGCAAAGGCCAUUCUUCCACAGGGGACAGGUGAAAAGGAAGCGCGGGAUCGCAGAAGCGUUGAGACAGACCGUGGUCUCCAUCAAGAAGCAGCCCCUCAGAGCACUCAACAGCCUGAUUCCCCUGCUCCUCAACAAAGUGAGGUUGCCGAAAGCGUCCUGGAAUCCUUCGAGGAAACGAGUCACCGCAGGAGGCCAUGAGUUCUAAUCUAAAUUGAUAUCCACUUCGUCAUGUGUUUUAAUCUAGCGUUUUCGGUAUAUUUGGUUUCCAAACUUGGCUUCGCCGCUCAGCAUAAUUGCCGGCGUUCUGGUCCUGGAUGCGCGUAACAAACGGCUCGUCGACAUCGGAAAAAGAAGAAUCAUUUGUCUCUAGAUGGCAGGGGGGUUUGCAUGGGAUACUUGCCCGAUACCAAAAGUGUAUGAU